CAGGUCAGAGGAGUAGAGCCGCCGCCUCGCAGUGCUUCCUCUUCCCCGGCGCGCCGCACGUCCCACCUCCGCCGCCUCGCCGUGCUUCUCCAACCCCGGCGCUCCGCCCGUUCCAACACACAGGUCGCCUGACCUCCCAUCACCAACAAAACAUCCAAAUUGCUUCCAAAAUGCUACAGGCAUCCAGCAACUAAACCCAAUCGUACCACAGCAGCACCUAUCCACAGCUACAGCCAGCAACUACAGCGGCGACAGCACGCCAGCGACGCGAGCGCUCGUUCCAGAGCAAGACAACCAGCCAGCAGGAGCUUCGGGACAAUGAUCCUGGCGCACGGCCCAGCGUAAGUUCCAGCGCACGCCAGAGACGGCUCCCGCGAGGGCUCCAGCGCCGCCAGCGAGCGACCUGGACGCGGGCACGCGGCGCCGACAGGAGGGCUGACCUGAGGGGCGCAUGAUCCGGAAAGGCUCCGCGCGUCUAAGCCCGCGCUCCCUGAAGCAAAUCCAUGGGAACCUGGUCGUCAAGGGCAUCGCCUCGCGCCCCCAGCCCCUGCGGGACCUGCUGCUGGCCUGCGUCGGCUCGUUCCGCGGCACCAUGGGCUACGCCCGCAAAGUGUUCGACGGAAUCCCCCACCCGGACCUCUUCAUGCACAACGUCAUGGUGCGCGGCUACGCGCACGGCGGCGCGCCCGCCGCGGCCUUCGCCUUGUACCGACGCAUCGGGGCGGCUGGCCUGAGGCCCGACGCCUUCACGUUCUGCUACCUCCUCCGGGCCAGCGCCGGCUUGUCGGGUUCCUGCGCCGGGUGCCAGGUCCAUGGCGUCGUCGUGAAGCUGGGCUUCUUGAGUGAUGCUUUCGUGAGGAAUGCCCUUAUCAACAUGCAUGCCAAAUGCGGGGAUUUGCAGCUGGCCGGCGCGCUUCUUGAUGAGGCCGGCGAGGGGGAUGUCGUGGCGUGGUCGGCUGUCAUAGCGGGGAAUGCCGCUAGAGGUGACUUGGGCAUUGCACGGCAACUGUUUGAUGAUUGUCGGCACAAAGACUUGGUGUGUUGGAAUGUGAUGGUGGCAGCGUAUGCUAAGCAUGGGGAUAUGGAGAAGGCGAGGGAGCUGAUUGACCGUGUGCCGGAGACAGAUGUGGUCUCGUGGAACACGAUUAUCACAGGGUACUCCACGAAGGGGAUGCUGAAGGAAGCAUUGGAGGUGCUUGAUGAAAUGAAGUGUGCGGGCUGGUUGCCUGAUGAGGCAACUAUUGUUAGCUUGCUUUCGUGUUGUGCGAACUUAGGGUCGCUUGACACAGGGAGGAUGAUACAUUCAAUGCACUUGGAAGGUAGACCGUGUACAAGUAUUUUGCUUGGAAAUGCAUUGCUAUCAAUGUAUGCAAAGUGCGGAGAUCUGCAGGCUGCAUUGGAAGUCUUUAACAGGACGAAGGAGAGGGAUGUUUGGACAUGGAACUCGAUCAUCGGCGGGCUGGCCUUCCAUGGGCAAGCAGAACAGUCCAUCCAAUUCUUCAAUAAAAUGCUUCAAGAAGGAAUGUGCCCAAAUGCUAUUUCUUUCCUCUGUGUUCUCGGUGCAUGCAGUCAUGCCGGAUUAGUUGAAGAUGGUCAGAGAUAUUUUUCUUUGAUGAAAGACUGGUACAAGAUCGAGCCUAAUGCAAAGCACUACAGUUGCGUAGUGGAUAUGCUUGGCCGUGCAGGCUUACUGGAUGAAGCAUUUGCAAUUCUGAGCAGCAUGAGGUGUGAACCUAGUGCAGUCAUAUGGAGGACUCUGCUUGGUGCCUGCAAGAUCCACGGGAAUGCAGCCCUUGGCAAACUUGCCAGGGAGAGGCUUCUAAAAAUGAAUGAAGACGCAAGCGGAGAUUAUGUGCUGCUCUCUGGCAUUUACGCGUCCUGUGAUGAAUGGUUUGAAGUGGAGACAUUGCGGGGAUCAAUGGAUGAAAGGGGGAUAAGAAAGGUUGCUGGUUUUGCCCAGGUUGACCAUAAAAGUACCUGUCUUCCAGCAUUGUGAAUUUGUGAUGUGUGGAUAUCCUACAGUGAAAUUCGAUGAACGUGUGGAUUAUGUCCAUGCUCAGCUUGUCAUUUUAUGCUUGGUCACCAGAAAGUGGAAGGAAGUAGCACCCUAAUAGACAGAUACCACUAGCAAGAAGGCCUAGAGAGUAAAUCAUAUUCAAAACUGCCAAAUGCUGGUGGUUUCA